AUGUCUACGAGAGCUCUUAAUCGACACCUUAGAUCUAUCUCUAUAGUUGUCGAGAAGAGAAAACUCGUCCAUGGGGACCUCGUCAAGUUGAGUUUCUGGAGAGGCCGAUUAAACUUGAUUUCAGCUCACCAUGUCGCCGUCCUCAAUCUUUGGGUGUUGUCAUCAUGUUUUCAUAGUAAUCGGCAUUGUCUCCAAUCCGCCAUCUUGUCUCCUCGGCAUCGUUGUGCUUGCGUAGAAGUCAGCACUAUGCCUCAAGACUUGAGAGUUCAGAGGUUGGCAUCAUCGUCAUUGGAUUUUCUUUUAAGGUAUACUCGUGCCGACUACUAUGAUUUGAGUUGA